AUGCCCAUUUGCCUGACCACUGCCUUCUCUGGCACGGUGCAGCUCGGGCUAGAUUUAGGACUGAGAAUCAUGCCAGUAUCGGCCGGGUGGUCGGAGGGUGGUGAACCUGAGUCGUUUAGGGAUGACAAGGAGCCCCUCACCAAGAUCCAGCCAGAACGACAAGGGCCCCCGGCUUCCUGGCGCAGGAGAGUCGUCGCUGUUGCGUAG